UGUAUAGAAACGGCACAACACACGCACACACACACACACACGCACGCACACACACACACACUGUGCGCGCAAGGAAACGCGCCAGAUGUUACUUAUACGCUGCACGUGCAAGGGAACCCGGCCCGUAAAGGCACGCGCGUCCAUCCCUAAUGCAACCUAGAUUGAAAUACCAAUCGUUAUCACUAUUAUCUAAAAAUCUAGGUGCGUUUAUUACAGGCGAGGCCGUCAUGUUGCACACCGGGAUCUGCGUGAAGGGAUGAUGACACCGACCGCGACGUCACGAGCCCGUUAUGGUGACUCCGUAAAAAACAAAAGGAACACCGUUACACACUCAGGAUUAGGUCCUCUGAGGUUAAUAUGCUGAUGACAUCCUUACCACACAACAGAAUUUGAAUUAUGGGUAACGUGGAGAGCCAGUAUGGCAGCCACAGUUUCUACGGUGACCGUGAACGGCAACUGUCACGGAAGCGAGUGUCCCGAUCGUUGCGUCUAUCGGGGAAGCAGUCGUACCGAAGAAAACCCGAGCACCGUAACUCGGAGACAAGCACACGCUCCAGUAGCACACCCAGCAUCCCACAGUCGCUUGCUGAACAUGGCCUGGAGCCUUUUGACGACGCCGACGCACUGCCCCACUUCAGCUCCCCCAUCUGGGUUGACCGGGUGGCCAUGAAUCUGCGCCCUAUGAGCUUCCACAAGGAUUCGGCUCAUGAGCCAUGUAACAACACUCCAGCAAACGUUCCUGCUGUUGAUGCUGACAAUGAUCAGAGUACGCAGGACACCUCCAAGCCACCAGAUGGUGCUGGUUCAUUCAAGAAAAAGCGUUCCAAAUCUGCAGACGUGUGGAGGGAUGAUUCUUUGGAGGUAUCACUGUCUGAUGCAAGCCUGGAGCGCUUAACAAGCACGGAGGAUCUUACGGACAAUGCUAACAACACUGAUGUCACCCGUGCUAACUCACUGGGUGAGCUUUACGCACCGCAGAACUACUCUAAAAAACGUCACAAGGGUGGAGCUCUAUGCAGAGACAGUGAGGAGGACAAGAUGCUGUCUCCAUGCGAGGAUGAUGGUGCCACCUAUGGAGCAUUCACACUGCCCUGCCGCCGGUCUCAUUGUCUCUCAGAAGGUUUGACCAGUCACCAGGCAGCAAUGCCAGGACGGCGGGCACAAACCAUACAAGACGUGACAGUGGGGGACGUCACUGAGCUGGAGGACAGUGGGGCUGAUGGCCUGAUUGGAGACAGUGAUGUGUGUGAGCUCCCAUCCCGCCGUUACAAGGCUCUGUCUGUGUACUCCACACCAGCAGGGGGCAGCAGAGACACGCCUGAUGCUGCCGUGCAGGGUGUUUAUGAGAACUUCCGGCAGGAGCUGGAGAAAAGUAGCUGCAGGGCGGAGACUCUGGAGGAAGGGGCGUCGGCCCUAAGCGAUGAACUGAGCUCGGCCAAUCAGACAGAGGCGCUUGUGGGCGUCGCCGAGGGCUCCGUACGCAAAGCCGGCCGUCUUAAUGUGAAAAACCUGCUCGUGCACAAGAAGAACAAGAAAGUGGAGCUCGCUGCACGUCGCAAGUGGAAGAGCUACUGGGUCUCGCUAAAAGGAUGCACUCUGUUCUUCUAUGAGACGGACGGGCGAUCAGGAAUUGAUCAUACCAGCAUCCCAAAGCAUGCUGUUUGGGCGGAGAACAGUAUCGCACAAGCUGUUCCCGAGCAUCCGAAAAAAGAUUUUGUCUUCUGCUUGAGCAACUCAAUGGGAGACUCGUUCCUUUUCCAGACAUGUAGUCAGACAGAGGUGGAGAACUGGGUGACUGCGAUCCACUCUGCCUGUGCGGCCGCCGUUGCCCGGCAACAUCACCGUGAUGACACGGUGCGCUUCCUGCGCUCUGAGAUCCGAAAACUGGAGCAGAAGAUCGACAUGGAUGAGAAGAUGAAAAAGAUGGGAGACAUGCAGCUGGCCUCCGUCACUGAUACCAAGAAGAGGAAAACCAUUCUGGAACAGAUCUCAGUAUGGGAGCAGAAUCUGGAGUGUUAUAAUGUGGACCUAUUCCGUUUGAGGUGUUAUUUAUGCAGCCUGCAGGGGGAGGAGCUGCCCAAUCCGAAGCCUCUUCUCUCAGUGGCCUCACGCUCCACGAAACUCUCCAUGGGACGACUCGGCUUCUCGGUGUCUUCUUUCCAUGCUCUGGUGGCAGCUCGUACAGAAAGCGGCGUCCGGAGGCGAGCACACGCCAUGUCACACUCCACUGGCAAGCGGAAAAGUCGCUUCUCCUCCCUGUGGGGGCUGGAGACGAACUCAAAGAGGAAAUUACACACACACACACACCCCAGCAUUGAACAGGUUUUUGCAGAAGGGGAGGAGCCAGUGAAGAGGGAUCUAGAGGGGAUGAUGGAGGAAUCUUCAAGGGCAAAUGUGAAAGAUGAGCAGGUGUGUGUGACGGGCCUGGUGAAGGACCGCCUCAUGCCCUCCUGGGUGUGUUUACCUGACGGUCGUCCCAUUCUCGCUGUGAUACGACCUGGAGAGUCAGCGCUUGACACACUGGAGACCAUCUGCAAGGCUCAUGAUUUGGACUCAACCAAACACUACCUGCGUUUAAAGUUCUUGAUUGAGACACAGGUGCAGUUCUACAUCCCCAAGCCAGAGGAGGACGUAUACGACCUGCUCUACAAGGAGAUCGAGCUCUGCUCCAAGAUUAGGAAAGUCAUUCAGUUUGACAGGGAUGAGUCCUGCAUGAUCGGCUAUGGUUUCUCAAUCUCUAUGGUGGAGGACGACAGCGUGCAGCAACUCUACAUUACGGACGUAAAAGCAGGAGGAUUAGCGUUCGCCAAAGGUUUGAAUGCGGGUGACGAGAUCCUGCAGCUGAAUGGAAAAAACUCCAGCACGUUGACAUUCUCCGAUAUGAAGACUGCAUUCUCUCAGGCAUCUCUCUCACUCACUGUGAACACGCUACCCCUGAUUGACCGAAGGCAACACUGCUUCCUGCCCCCGAGACGCUCUGAUGCUGUCCAGCAACUCUAUACUGACAUCUUCUCCCAGAACCAGGAGGAGAUUCUUGACGAUGGAGUUGGGCUCAUCUCUGAGACAUCAGGGGACAGUCUAGAUGAUGACACUGAGCUCUUUAGUGACUACAGGGACUAUGAAAAGAGCACAGAGCAGGUCGCCGCCUUUUGCCGAAGCCUUCAUGAGAUGAACCCGUCAUCUGAAGCAGCUUCAUCUUCCUCCUCUUCCUCACUUCCUCGUCAGCUCUCGGAUGCCGAUAAACUGCGUAAGGUCAUCUGUGAGCUGGUGGAGACCGAGCGUACCUAUGUUAAGGAUUUGAAUUGUCUUAUUGGAAGAUAUUUGACUCCUCUACAGAAGGAAAGCUUCCUCACCCAGGAUGAGCUGGACGUGUUGUUCGGGAACCUUCCGGAAAUGCUGGAGUUUCAGGUGGAGUUUUUGCGUACGCUGGAGGACGGAACGCGACUCGUCCCUGACCUGGAGAAACUGGAGCGAGUCGAUCAGUUCAAGAAAGUUCUCUUCUCUCUCGGAGGUUCGUUCCUUUAUUAUGCCGAUCGCUUCAAGAUCUACAGUGCGUUCUGUGCAAGUCACACUAAAGUCCCCAAAGUCCUGACGAAAGCAAAGACGGAUCCAGACUUUAAGGCAUUCCUGGACGAGAGGAACCCGAAGCAGCAGCACUCAUCCACACUGGAGUCAUAUCUGAUUAAACCCAUCCAGAGAGUGCUGAAGUACCCGCUGCUGCUGCGAGAGCUGUACACACUCACUGACCCCGAGAGCGAAGAGCACUACCACCUGGAUGUGGCAGUGAAGGCUAUGAAUAAAGUAGCCAGCCACAUAAAUGAGAUGCAGAAGCUCCAUGAGGAAUUUGGUGCCGUGUUUGACCAGCUCAUCGCAGAACAGACCGGAAACAAGAAAGAGGUAGCUGAUCUGUCAAUGGGAGAUCUGCUGCUUCACACCAUUCUGAUUUGGCUCAAUCCUCCAUCAUCGUUGGGAAAAUGGAAGAAGGAGCCUCAACUCGCCACCUUCGUGUUUAAAACAGCCGUUGUUUUUGUCUGCAAAGACGGCUCCAAACAAAAGAAGAAAAUGGGUGGAUCACAACGUGCAUCAGUAUCAGGUGAAGACAGAGACCCUUUCCGUUUCCGUCACAUGAUCUCCACUGACGCCCUUCAAGUUCGAACACUGACUGGUGCAGAUGGUGACAGUGCUGCAGUGUGUGAGAUCAUUCACGUGAAAUCCGAGUCAGAAGGAAGGCCAGAGCGAGUGUUUCACCUUUGCUGCAGUUCUCCCGAAAGCAAGAAGGAUUUCCUGAAGACAGUGCACUCCAUUUUAAGAGACAAACAGAGACGGCAGUUGAUGAAGACAGAAAGUCUUCCUCCCAGCCAGCAGUACGUGCCAUUUGGAGGGAAGCGUCUGUGUGCUCUGAAAGGAGCUAGACCUGCUAUGAACCGAGCAGCCUCUGCUCCAACACGUACUUUGGGUCGGCGCAAGCUAGUGCGAAACCGCUUCACCAUUGACACGGACAUUGUGUUCGACACUGAUGCCGACGCCGACUCCCCAGACUCCCAGACCUCGCUACAGCCAGGUGACACAGACCGCUGGGUGGAGGAGCAGUUCGACCUGCAACGCUAUGAGGAGCAAGCAAAAGAGACAGAUUUACUGAGCGAUGAUGAUGGUGACGAUGAAGACCUCAGCCAGGAGAUAGAAGGACCUGUGUCAGCCAUGUCACUGGAGGACGAGGAAGAGGAAACUAAAACUGAAGGCAAAGACUGCAAAUCCCAGCAUGCUUUGAAGCUAUCCCAUCUCGGGAAGCAGUGUGCCAUGUCCGUGGCCAGUGUAGAUGAGCAGUCGGUUGUUGCUGAUGAGGAUGUGUGGGUGCGACGACAGAUGAGCAGUACUGACAGCGAUACACAGAAUGAGUCACAGAGCUGAAGACUAGCCGACAUUGCAGAAUUACACGACAAUAGAGUUUAGUCUCGAACACCAUACAGCAGCAGAGAGUUCUCAUAGCGAUUGAUGAGAGAAAAUUGAGCCAGAAAUGUAACACCCAGACUUUAAAUACUAAAGGAAAUACAACAACAAUGAACACAUUAGGCAAAUGCUAAUCCCUAGUGAGCAACACAGUCUUACUCUUGUGCUGCAAGAGCAUACUUGUGUUACUCUUUCUAGGGGAAAGUCAACAAGGGCAUGUUGAAAACAGGGCAGAAGUGCAAAAGCAUUACAUAUAUAAUGUAAUACAAUACAUAAACUCUCUUAAUUAGCACUUUGGACAUGCGAUUACUUCACCUGUGUUAAGACACUUUACAUUAUUUCAGGUGUCUUCUUUAAAUUUACACCACCCAAAAGGUAGGUGAGAUUAUUUGAAUAUUUCCCAGAUGGAACAUGAAUAUCUAGCCAACAUCAGCUUGAUGUGUGUAAUGUAUAAUUCCAAAACGUAAAACAGUACAGUGUGUGUGCAUUGGCCAAUUAUCAUGUUUUUGUUUUAAAAACAUUCCCAGUGGAUUGACUGCUGAUUGGCUGUGGGUGUGAACCGAUGUGCAUGUUGCCCUGUGAUGAACUGGCAUCCCAAGUAGGGUGUAUUUCCACCUCGCUUCCAGGGUUCCUGAGUUAGGCUCCAUGACCCUGACCAGGAUAUGGAUGAUAACAGUAAUGUUGAAUUUCGUUUGUAUAUAUAUAUAUAUAUAUAUAUAUAUAUAUAUAUAUAUAUAUAUAUAUAUAUAUAUAUAUAUAUAGAGCACCUUUCUAACAUUCAACGUCAUUGCCUAAUGGCAAUUCUCAGUCAGAUAUUUAAUUGAUAUGUACAGUCCCUUCCAAAAGUAUUGGAACAACAAGGCCAAUUCUUUCGUUUUUGCUAUACACUGACAACUUUUGAUUUUGAGAUCGAAAGAUGAAUACGAAAUGAUAAAUCAUAUUUCAGCUUUUAUUUUCUGAUAUCUAUAUCUAGAUGUGUUAAACAACUUGGUACCCUUGGUGGCAGACCACUAACUUUUUUGCUCUUCCGAAUGUCAGAAACGUUUUGGUGAGCCAAUGUAUUGGAACAGACGCCUUAAAGUAAACCAGACUGUUGCAUUCUUCUUUUGUGUUGCUUUUGCAUGGUUCUAACUGUUCUCACCUGGGCAACAAGAAACGCCUGACCUAUAUUAUUGAUCACUUGAAAAAUGGCUGGGUUCAGUUAAAGUUGCUUAGGUGUUUAACAGACCUAGAUGUAAAUAUAAGGAACUGAAAGCUGAAAUUCUGGUCUGUCAUCUUGUAUUAAUCUUUCAAUCUCAAAUCAGUGUGUAACAAAAACGGUAAAAUUGGCCGUGUCGUUCCAAUACUUUCAGAGGGGACUGUAUGUAGGUACAGUAGAUAUCUGCAUUCAUACCUAUGUAUCUAUGGUUCUAUGAAUGAAUGGAGGACUACCAGAGCAUUUAUUCCCUUUGGGACUACCAGAGUACUCCCAUUUGCAUGCUACUUUGCCAUGUACUAACUUCCUUACCAUGUUGUCCCUUUGUGACCUGCCCUUAUUUGUGCAAGCAACCUACAUUGUACUCUGGCUAUUCUUAUCAGCACAGGUUACCUUUUGGUCCAGAACAAAAUGAAGUAACUUUUGGUCCACAAUUGAAUGAGAGAUUCAGAAAUGUAAAAAAUGAUUAAAGGACCGUAUCUUGAAUCCUCUUUCCUCAACUCGUGCACAAGAAAAAAGCUGCAGACAUGAGGUCACGGUCACAAGGUCAUGCUCUUGGUACAGAACACAUGGGUAUAUUCCACUAGUUCUAUGGGUAGCCGCUCUGGUAUUCUACUUCCUUUUAUUAAAGACCACCAGGUUCGGUUGUGUUUGAAACUAAUCUCAAAAUCUUAAGACAUCCAUCCAUAGACAAGUUAAAGUAUUUACAACACUAACCGAAAAACCCAACUGAUUACAGCACUACAUUUAGCAUCUUAAACCCACUUCCUUAACUCUUUGACAAGAUAAGAAUGGGAAAGAGGUCACAGACUUUGUUAGUAGUUCUCAUUAAGGAAAUGAGCAAAUCGGAAUAAUCCGCUAGUCAAGAAGGAAUCGGCCCAGAUGAAACGGCAGCAGAACUAGAUUCUUUUACUUUUUUUUUUUUGUUAUUAUUCUUACAAAAUUCUUAGUGUUUUUGGUUGGUACCAUCGAAGAGCACUAUCAUGGUGGUGUUGUGUAAACUGAUGACUGAUGCGUCAUUGCCUGGAGGAAGGAGAUGAUAAAACAAAAAACAGUGUUGUUGUGAUGUCUUCCUUAUUAGCGAACCAUACGCAUGUUACCAGAUUCAGAAAGAAUUGUUUACAUUUUGGGGGAACUGGAAUUUCAUAAUUGUCAGAAAUAUGGUGGUGUUGAGAUGUUCAUUAUAUCCUAAGUCUUACUUAUGAGGUAUAAAACCUCAAAGGCAGUUUUUUUUUCCCAAAAGUUUGAAUCAGUUCAGUGAUCAACGAUGUACAGAAACGUUACAGAUGUCACAGUAUGCUGUGAUAACACACACUCACGCUCACACACACUCUGCUCUGUCAUACACUCCGUGGUUUAUUCAGUGUAUUUAUUUACUUAUUCAUUUUUGCACAAUCCUGGGGCUAGCUACACAAAUCAGACUGCCAAAUCGCUGCCAUGUCCCAGUUUCUCCGUUUCGUCUUAAGCGCCUUUUGUUUUUUUUAUUUAUUGUGUCAAUCUAAAGUAUAAAGAAUCAUUAUUAGCCUCCUAAAUAUUGUUAAAUAUUAAGUCUAAUACUAUGUACAGACGUUUUUGCUUAAAGAGCAGCUUUUUUUUUUAAGUUGUACACAUUGCCAUUUUAUUCUCCAGUUUUUAAGAAAGAUUUUGUACAUUUGUACAUAUACAGUACAGUAUAUACAUAGGUACACAUAUAUAUGUAAGGUAAAAGGUGUAGGGGAUCUUAAUGAUUAUGUAGCAUUUUAUUUUCAAUUUGGCAACAAAAUUUCCCGACUCAAGACUGGAUAAAUUUAUGGUAUGAUGAUCAUUCAUAAGGAAAUGGAUCACAGGAUCAACUCCCAAAGUCACAUUUUAAAAGAAAACAAUAUAUAAAGCCUGUUUUAAACCGCACGGAAAAGGCAUACGUUUCACCUGCUAGCUAGAAAUGCUCAGAAAUACAAUCUUAUGUUAUAAGUUAUGCGAUAAAUUAUAUAGUGUUAACAUAUUUUCAUAACAAUUUUAUAGUCAGCAGUCUGACCAUAAACCCUACACAUUUCAACAUCCCUCUUAUGUAAGUAAAGCACUAGCAUUUUUUUAAACGAAUUUUGAAAACGAAAGGAGAAAAUUACACGUAAAACAUUUCAUUCUGGCUGCAGCGACCUUUUUAUUUAUUUAUUUUUGGUAUCUGAUUGUUAAGGUUUUUAUUUUUUCCCACACAGCUUAUCCAGUAACUGUGGGUGUUUAGCUAGUUAGGUUCCAGAUGUCUUUAGGUAGACUGAAUGCUAAGAUAAAGCAAAGUUAGAAGGUAAAUAAAAACAUUUCUGCCUCAGAACUAUAUAUAUAUAUAUAUAUAUAUAUAUAUAUAUAUAUAUAUAUAUAUAUAUAUAUAUAUAUAUAUAAUAAAUUUGAGGCAUUUUUGGUAACAAAAAUGAGACAAAUUUUCCAGGCUGUUAAUGAUUCUGCUAACCUCAAUCUUUAGCUAAAUGUCUUUAGGUUCAUUUUUUUCUUUUGUUUUGUUUUUUUUCUUGGUAACAAUCAUGCUAAACACUGACAUUAUAAAGCAUGGUGGUCCUUUAGCGCUUGAGUUGAACAUUUAACUGAAAAAGAGCCAGAAAUGAAUCCAAGCCAAUUUACACCAUUCUGGUUAAUGGAACAGUUUCCAUCCCAAUUAUUAUAGUCGAGUAAAAUACAGUCAACCCCUGCACCUUAAACGUUGGAGAAAGAGUGUUCAAUAUUAACAUCAGUGUCUUCUGUUUACCUGUUUAAUUUAUUCCGUUAUUAUUUAUCAGGAAAGUCCAUUGUGUUUUGUUUUUCUUUGACCCUGAAUAAUGCUUUGUUUAACACCAUAAAUCCUGUUUUACUUGAAUUUUCAUUGCAAUACUCAGUCCCUUCUGAAUUUCUUUCUUUUUUUUCUCGUUUUGGGUGUGUUGCAGCCAAAAACAAUUGAUUUGUUUUCCUUCUCGAAAUUUGCAAGGCAACUUUUUGUGCUUUUUUUCCUUCAGAAAACAUCUUGAAUCGGUGAAAUUGCAAGAAUGCUUCUUUUAAUCUCCUACCAGCGAAGACACAUGUAAUGUAAAGACUUUCUAUCAGAGCUGUCUUCAUGCUCCACACAGUAAGAGAGAUUUGGCUGAGAGUGUGUCGUGAUGUCACAUGACACGUUUCGGCACAAAUCUACGGAAAAUCUGAACGAUUUCUGACAGAACUGGUUCAUUUUUAUGAUCCUGGAGGGACUGAAUGGUGAUGUUUAAUUGACAACAGCUGUUUUUCUCAUACCCGAUUUAAAUACACACUCCAAGACAUAAAACUGUUGGUUUGAGGAUAAAGCCGGCUUUACACUAUGCGAUUCCAGCACACUUUUAUGAUCAUCAAACUACCCAAGAUGUUUCUACUCAAAUCUUGAUGGAGUUCUCCAUGUGUUCUCCAGCUUACAUGAAAAAAGAUCCUCUAAUGUCAUGUUGUGCUUACAUCAUCGAUUGCAUCAUCACUGCUCUGAUCCCACAGCCAAGGAAAUCUUUACCAGUGUGUCAUUUUCUUUAUCUGCGACUCGGAAACCAGGCUGAAAAUCUCCUAGCGUAAAGCCGACUCUAAUCCUCUCCCUAACCCCAUGUUCUUAAUCCUCUCCCUGAUCCGGGCCACACUUCUGUUUCGCUCAGAAUAUCAUCUUAGCAGGCUAACAGAUUAGCAUGGCUUGAUCACUAGCUAGCAUGCUAUCAAUAAAUAUCUAGUAUGCUUAGAAGCUGGCAGAGACAAAUCAGUACUCAUUUAUUGAUGGAGGCAUAAAAUCCUGAAGACUGACAAUCAAAUGAUAUAAUUAUUUUUUUUUUUUUUGAAAUAUGAAUUCACCCGUUGAUUAUAAGAAUGCAAUGAAUUCUGGGUAAGUUAUCUCCUGAGGUGUGCAAGGAUAUUGACCCGAUCCUUCAUCUUAAUGCUGAUCUUAAUAGGAUUCAUGUUAAUUAUGAUUUUUUUUUUCCAUGUUGAAAAAUUCCAAAUGUGCAAAAUGCAAUCAAGUUCAAGCAAAAUGCGGGAGAAGUGGGAGAAAAAAAACAAUAUUUUCGAUGGAUGUAUUGUGGAAUAUUACUUAAUAUAAAAUAUACCCAUUGUGCUACAGAGGUCAUUUUUAUUUUGUAAUUAGAGCAGUGGAUUGAUAUUAUAUCAAAUAAAAAUUGUUUCGUAAAUAUCCUCAAA